GGCCCCAGAGCGAGAGCACGCAGUAGGAGACAAUGAUGAGCCACUUGAGCACCGGCGGGAAGCACAGAGUGGUGGCUGUGACCAGGGGCAGAGCACCUGAAAGCAGACAAAAAACGGAGAGCGGAAGAGAUAGUUAGCUCACACACAGAGAUAAGGAGCUCCUCAGUCGGAAAACAAAGCUCGAACGCGAUGGAGGGCCAGCUGCCAGCUUCCGCCUUCCGGCUAAUCUUUCUAAUCACCUUGGCCAUCCAAGGUUUAUCGGGAAGUGUUUUCAAGGAGCUAACCACACCACUGGGUCAACAGAUCAUGCGGUUGGCCAAGUCCGCAGAGAUGCGAUCCUUUAUGGCCGCCCAUGUGAAUCCCUGCGAGGAUUUCUACGGCUAUGCCUGCGGAAAUUAUGCUGUGAUAAAUGCAGCCACCGAGGAGAAGGACACCAAUGUGGUUCAGCCGAUGUUUGCCAACUAUCUGCGUCGUGCGAGGCAGUUGCUCAAUGAGCCUCGCCUGAGCACGGAUCGUCCGAUGGAGGUCAGGGUCAAGUACUUCUAUGAAUCCUGCCUGGACACUGCGGCUCUAAGGACGAAACAGCGAUCUCAUCUACUGAAUGUUCUGCGGGAGUUUGGUGGCCUGCCCGCUUGGAGUGGAGAAGAUUGGAACUAUGUCGAUUUCGAUCCCCUCGAGAUGAUGGCCCAACUGCUGCGACGCUACGGAAAGAGGAGUCUGCUGGGCGUUCAAGUGGCUCCGGAUUUCGUCAACUCGCAGAUCAAUCGACUUCAUUUGGGACAGAGAGACGAUCUGCUGGACGGCGGCGGCGGCUUGUUUGGCAGGCAUAUGCUGCUCAAGAGGCGCUUGAAGAAUCUCCUUGGUUUGCCGGAGGAGCGAGCUCACGAGGCUGCCUUAGAGGUCUUCAAUCUGGAGCUGGAUCUAUCGCGUGCUGUCCUCGAACCGGGGGAUCGGGAUCCACGUCUAAAGAAUCACCUGACCAUGCUGUCCAACAUGAGCGAUGCCUACGGUCCAAUGCUCAACCUCACUCGCUUUGUGAACAUCUGGCUGGGUCACGAGUACAAUCUUCCGGUCUACGAAUCAGUGCCCAGCUACCUCAUCCAGGUGAAGAAGCUCCUGCUGACCACUCCCAACCAUGUGCUGGCCAACUAUAUGCUCUCCGGUCUGCUGGCCGACUUUGAUAUCGAGAUGGACGAGGGGCGGCAGGAGGCGAUAUGUGCCGAGCGAAUCACUGAGCUCUUUCCCGAUGUGCUGGACCAUAUGGUGUAUCAUUCGUUGGACCAGCAAAGCCCGCACAUAGCCAACGAGUUGAGGGGGCUGUGGGUCGAAUUGAAGGCCUCCUUCCAGGAGAUGCUCAGUUCCCCCGAUCUCAAGUGGCUGGAGGAGCAGACGCGUGAGGAGCUGCUCGAGAAACUCAAGGGCAUGUCCUUCGAGAUAGCCGGCGGUCAGGCGGUAAACUUCGAGGAGCAGUACGGUGAUCUAGUGGUCAGCUCUGCCGAUUACUAUGGCAAUGUUCAGAGACUGCUGGAAGUGCAGGCGGCGAAUCUCCGCGAGGAUCUGAUGCGGGAAUCGAGGAGCACAAACUACUAUGAUGGAGUCAUCGGUACGCCGUUCUAUGUGACUGAAACUAAUCUGGUGGUCCUUCCAACCAGCUACAUGCAGCAUCGUUAUCUCUGGGACGACGUCUAUCCGAUGGCCCUCAAAUACGGAACUCUAGGAUUCAUCUUGGGUCACGAGAUGGCCCAUGGCUUCGACGAUGUGAGCCGACUGUUCGACAGCAGGGGAAACCUUAACGACAACUGGAGUCGGGAGACCAAGAUGAGCUUUGAUUUGAUCAAGAACUGCCUGGCGGAUCAGUUUGCAAAGAUGAGCUACGGCAACUUGCCUCUCCCGAAGUUGGAGUCCCAGGGUGAGACUAUAGCUGACAAUAUAGGCGUUCGCAUUGCCCAAUCGGCAUACCGCAAGUGGCUGGAGCAAUUGAAGAGCCAGGAUGGAGAGACUCUACCCCAUAUGAAGCAGUCACCGGAGCAGCUAUUCUUCCUCGGCGUUGCCCAGUCCAUGUGCUCGGACAUGUGGUUGGAAAGGCGACCAGCCUUCGUCCGGAGCAGUGUCCAUCCGCCAAAUGAGUCCCGGGUGUUCGCCAUGAUGACUAAUUCCCCAGCCUUCGCCGAGGCCUUCCAGUGCAGCAACACCACCAAGAUGAACGACCCACACAAAUGCUUAAUGUAUUGAGAGAUUGCAAAGUCCCCA